AUGGCGGUGCUGGAUAACCACAGCUGGCAGUACGCCCAGGCUGGAAAAACCCUGAUCAGACUCUCAGGGUUUCAUCGCAAUGAGGAUAUGAAGGCCAUCGAUGUGCUUCCCAUCCUCAAGGAGAAAGUCGCCUUCCUCUCAGGUGGCAGAGACAGACGCGGAGGUCCCGUUCUCACCUUUCCAGCACGGAGCAACCACGACAGAAUACGACCCGAAGACCUGCGCCGGCUCAUAGCUUACCUGGCCACUAUUCCCAGUGAGGAAGUCGCCCGACAUGGCUUCACAGUCAUCGUGGACAUGCGUGGCUCUAAGUGGGACAGCAUCAAGCCCUUGCUGAAGAUCCUUCAGGAGUCUUUUCCUUCUUGUAUCCACGUCGCCCUCAUCAUCAAGCCGGACAACUUCUGGCAGAAGCAAAGGACCAACUUUGGCAGCUCAAAGUUUGAAUUUGAGACGGUGAUGGUCUCCUUAGAGGGUUUAUCCAAGAUCGUGGACCCAUCCCAACUCACAGCUGACUUUGAGGGCAGCUUAGAGUAUAACCAUGAUGACUGGAUUGAGGUGCGCCUCUCUUUUGAGACCUUUGCCAGCGAUGCAGCGCGGGCACUGUCACGCCUCGAGGAGCUCCAGGACACCCUGUCCCAGCGUGAUCUCCCGCGGGACCUGGAGGGAGCUCGGAGGCUCAUGGAGGAACACGCGGGGCUGAAGAAAAGGGCCACCAAGGCAUCGGUGGAAGAGCUGGAUGUGCAGGGGCGCAGGCUGCUCCAAAGGCUACAGGCACAUACAGCAGGUGGCGGGAGUAGCAGCGAAAGCGGGUAUGGCAAUCGCACUGGUGGAGCCAGCGGAGAUUCCAACGACCAUCACCACGGCUUCCACACGCACGCAGACGCCCACAACCUGGUCGCUAAAGUGACGGGUUUGUUGGACAAGCUGCACGGGACUCGUCAAAAUCUGCAGCAGCUGUGGCACAUGAGGAAGCUGAAGCUGGACCAGUGCUUCCAGCUGCGUCUGUUCGAACAGGACGCAGAGAAGAUGUUCGACUGGAUCAUGCACAACAAGGGUCUUUUUCUAACCAGUUACACAGAGAUCGGAGGGAACCACCAGCACGCUGUCGAGCUGCAGACCCAGCACAACCACUUUGCUAUGAACUGCAUGAAUGUGUACGUGAACAUCAAUCGGAUCAUGUCGGUAGGAAACCGGCUCCUGGAGUCGGGUCACUACGCCUCGCAGCAGAUCCAGCAGAUCUCAGGUCAGCUGGAGCAGGAGUGGAAAGCCUUUGCUGCUGCGCUGGACGAACGCAGCACCCUGCUGGAGAUGUCUGCCAGCUUCCACCAGAAAGCAGAUCAGUACAUGAGUAAAGUGGAGCCGUGGUGUAAGGCAUGUGGUGAAGGAGAGCUGCCCUCUGAACUCCAGGAUCUAGAAGACACAAUCCACCAUCACCAGGGAUUAUAUGAGCACAUCACCACCGCAUACUCUGAGGUGAGCCAGGAUGGGAAGUCUCUUUUGGACAAACUGCAGCGACCUUUGACCCCAGGGAGUGCAGAUUCACUGAUGUCCUCUGCCAACUACUCCAAAGCUGUGCACCACGUCCUGGACAUCAUCCACGAGGUGCUGCAUCACCAGAGGCAGCUGGAAAACAUCUGGCAGCAUCGCAAAGUCCGCCUGCACCAACGACUGCAGCUUUGUGUGUUUCAGCAGGACGUACAGCAAGUCCUGGACUGGAUAGAAAACCAUGGAGAGGCUUUUCUCAGUAAACACACUGGUGUAGGGAAGUCUUUGCACAGAGCCCGGGCUCUGCAGAAGAGACAUGAAGACUUUGAAGAGGUUGCACAGAACACCUACACCAAUGCUGACAAGCUGCUGGAGGCAGCAGAGCAGCUGGCACAGACCGGAGAGUGUGACCCAGAGGAAAUAUACCAGGCUGCCCACCAACUAGAGGAUCGCAUCCAGGACUUUGUGCGACGUGUUGAGCAGCGUAAAGUCCUGCUGGACAUGUCUGUCGCCUUCCACACACAUGUCAAAGAGCUGUGGACGUGGUUGGAGGAGCUUCAGAAGGAACUGCUGGAUGAUGUUUAUGCCGAGUCGGUGGAAGCAGUGCAGGACCUGAUCAAACGAUUCGGCCAGCAGCAGCAGACCACCCUGCAGGCCACCGUCAAUGUCAUCAAGGAGGGGGAGGACCUCAUACAACAGCUCAGAGACUCAGCCAUCUCGAGCAACAAGACUCCACACAACAGCAGCAUGGCCCACAUCGAGAGCGUGCUGCAGCAGCUGGACGAGGCGCAGGGCCAGAUGGAGGAGCUGUUCCAGGAGAGGAAGAUCAAACUGGAGCUCUUCCUCCAGCUCCGUAUCUUUGAGAGGGAUGCCAUUGAUAUUAUCUCAGACCUGGAGUCAUGGAACGAGGAAUUGUCCCAGCAGAUGAGUGACUUUGACACGGAGGACCUGACGCUGGCUGAGCAGAGGCUACAGCACCAUGCAGACAAGGCGCUCACCAUGAACAACCUCACCUUUGACGUCAUUCACCAAGGACAAGAGCUGCUACAGUAUGUCACAGAGGUGCAGGCGUCUG